AUGUCAGCUGAAACCUCACCACCCAAGCGGCGGAUAUACCUCAAUGGCUUCGACAUGUUCACGGUAGGCCAUCUUUCCUUCGGACAGUGGAAGAACCCUUCCGAUCGGUCAGCCACCAAGCGACGCGACCUCUCCUACUGGACGAAUCUCGCCCAGAUACUGGAGAAAGGCGAUUUCAAUGCGUUGUUCCUUGCCGACACCUAUGGUCUAUAUGACACGUACAAGGGGACUGCAGAGCCCGCUAUUCGAAAUGGAGCUCAAUAUCCCAUGGGAGACCCUUCGAUACCAAUCUCUGCAAUGGCCUCGGUCACCAAGAAUCUAGGGUUUGCGAUCACCACCUCUACUUCAUAUGAAGCUCCAUACGUUGUGGCAAAGAGGUUCUCGACUUUAGAUCAUUUGACCGGUGGUCGAUUCGGGUGGAAUAUUGUGACCUCGUGGAAGGAAUCUGCUGCAAAGGCCCUGGGAUUGCCACUGGUAGAUCACGAUAAGCGGUAUGAAAUUGCCGACGAGUACCUGACCGCAUUGUACAAACUGUGGGAGGGCAGCUGGGCCGACGAUGCUCUCCAAGAGAAUGCUCAAACAGGCGUGUAUGCCGACCCAAGUCGAAUCAAAUACAUCCAUCACCACGGCGAGCAUUUUCAAUUCGACGGCCCUCACAUCUUGGAUCCAUCCCCGCAGCGCACCCCUUUCCUCUUCCAGGCAGGCACAUCCCCAGCGGGCGUCGCCUUCGGCGCGAAACACGCCGAAGGAAUCUUUGUCUCCGCCCCUUCACCGCACAUCCUCGCUCCACGAAUUAAAGCCAUCCGCGAAGAAGCCGCCAAGCUCGGCCGAGAUCCUAAAUCAGUGAAAGUAUUCGCCAUCCUCACGCCGAUUGUAGGCCGAACCGACGAAGAGGCACAGGCAAAGUACCGCGAAGCACUAGAGUACGCCAGCGAAGAAGCAGGACUUGCAUUCUUCUCUGGUGGAAGCGGUAUCGAUCUUAGCCGGUUUGAUCUAGACACGCCUAUUACACCGUCAGAUGUGCAUGUUGACGCCCGUGUUCAUUCCACGAUCAAUACACUCUCCUACCAGAGUCCCGACGUGCCUGAAUGGACGCCAAGGAAUAUCGGGAAACACAUCUCGAUUGGUGGGGCUGGGCCCGUUCCUGUUGGUUCUGCGAGUACCGUCGCAGACUUUUUGGAGGAAUGGGUCCGUGUGGCGGAUUUGGAUGGGUUUAAUAUUGGGUAUGUGCAGACGCCCGGGACUUUCGAGGAUGUUGUUGAGCUCCUGGUGCCGGAAUUGAGGAGAACGGGGGUAUACGCGCCGUUGGGUGAGAGUGGUACAAUGCGAGAGAGGGUAUAUGGGCCCGGGCAAAGGCGCUUGCGUGAUGACCAUGUCGGGAAGAAGUACGGAUAUGAGGUGUAUGAUGGCCAUUAG